AUGCCUACCAUGGAAAAGCCAGUGUGCGGGAGCGACGCAGACGGCGCUGCGUAUGACUUUCCUCUGCACGUUGCUGCAGUCUUCAUCGUGUUUGCUGCCUCGAUUGGAGGAGCUGGGUUCCCCGUGGUUGCAAAGAAAGUCAAGUGGAUGAAGAUCCCACCAACAAUAUUCUUCUUCUGCAAACAUUUUGGUACUGGUGUCCUGAUUGCUACAGCAUUUGUCCAUCUUCUGCCGACCGCCUUCCAAUCGCUCAACGAUCCAUGUCUUCCAGACCUGUUUACCGAGAAGUACCCUGCUCUGCCUGGUGUCAUUAUGAUGGGAUCGCUCUUCAUUCUCUUCGUGGUUGAGAUGUGGCUCAACGCGAAGACUGGUGGCCACUCCCACGGUAGCGCCACUGGCAAUGAGUUCGCUGGAGGUGCACCUCCCCCUGGCAUUCAAGCUGCUAUGAACAACGCUAUGCAAAAGAGAAACAGCUAUGACUCUGAAAGGACCAUGCUGACCAUCCGCGACGACAAGAAAGGCUGGGUCGAGAACACAUACCCAGUCGGCAACUUUUCUUUCCCUAAACAAAACGACGAGAUGGAGCCACGAUCGGAGAUGCCUCCAUGGUUCAUUGUCUUCUACGAGCAGUAUGUCCGUCAGCGUGAGGAGAUGGUCAAUAUGAUCAACCGCACGAUGCCAGCCUUGCCCAGCUAUCCCCAGGAAAAGGCAUCUGAAGCACAGGUAUCAUACUUCGACGAGGAUAUUGAGCAGGCUGUGGAUCCUCUCGUGCUCAAGAAGCUGUCUCUCCAGAUCACCCUCAUUGAAGGUGGUAUUCUGUUCCACUCCGUAUUCGUCGGUAUGACCGUCUCAAUCACAGCGGAGGGUUUUGUCGUCCUCCUCACCGCCAUCGUCUUCCACCAGAUGUUCGAGGGUCUCGGUCUCGGAUCUCGCAUUGCAGCUGUUCCUUACCCUAAGGGCAGCUGGAAACCAUGGGCGCUUGUUGUUGCAUUUGGUACAACUGCACCUAUUGGCCAAGCCAUUGGUCUCUUCACGCGCAGUUCGUACGAUCCGAACAGCGCCUUCGGUCUUAUUAUUGUUGGAGUUUUCAACGCUAUUUCAUCUGGUCUCCUCAUAUAUGCCGCACUUGUUGACUUGCUGGCCGAAGAUUUCCUCUCUGAAGAGGCCAGCCACAACUUGACCGGCAAGGACAAGACACGGGCUUUCAUUUACGUGCUCUUGGGCGCUGCUGGUAUGUCCGUCGUAGGAGCAUUUGCAUAA